UCCUGCUCCCAGGGCUGGGAUUUUGGGAAAACCAGGGAAUUCCUGCUCCCAGGGCUGGGAUUCUGGGGAGAACAGGGAAUUCCUGCUCCAGGGUUGGGAUUUUGGGAAAACCAGGGAAUUCCUGCUCCCAGGGCUGGGAUUUGGGGAAGAACAGAGAAUUCCUGCUCCCAGGGCUGGGAUUUGGGGAAGAACAGAGAAUUCCUGCUUCUAGAGGUGGGAUUUUGGGAGGAACAGAGAAUUCCUGCUCCCAGGGGUGGGUUUUUGGGGAAAACAGGGAAUUCCUGCUGGGUUUCCAGGCAGCUCCAGCCCUGCAGUCCCAGGUCCCCAUCCUGGGCAGCUCUGUGGGUUUGGGUCCCUCGCUGUCCCCUCCCAGGCCAGGACCCUCCGCUCCCUCCCCCAGCAGCCGAGGGGGAUCUGAUCCAGGCCAUCAAUUCCAUUUGUGGGAUUUUGUGGGAAUUUGAGGGAUUUUUCCGUGUUUGGUUCCCCUCCCCUGUGUCUGAGGCAGGGACAGACCCUGAGUGGGGCUGUGGGGAUGUCCCCAGGCUGUGGCAGGACCUUGUCCCCCCCUGUCACCUCCAGGGUGUCCGAGGAGCCUCCCAGUGCCGAAUUCCUUGGUUCUCUGUGGGGUUUGCAGGGCAGGAAGGGCCGGAGCAGAGCUGGGGUGGCCUUGGGGGGACAAAACUGAAUUUCCCAGGGCUGGCAUUGAGCUGGGUGGCUCCGGCUGCCUCUGGGGGCUGUGACACCGAGGUGGUGGCAGUGGCAGCUCUGCUGUGAUGGCCACGAAGGGACUGGGGGACCUGGGGGUGCCUGGCUGGGGCCGAUGGUUUUUGGGACUGGUGGUUUUUGGGACUGGUGGUUUUUGGGGCACUUGAAGGAGGACUUGGAUGGUUUGAUGUGCUGGAAGUCGAUGGCUUUAAGAGAGAAGCGUUGGACGCCCUGAUUGAGUUAUAAAAGGGAUUUUUUGGAAGAGCUGGCUGUCCCCGGCUCUGGGCAGCACUUUUUGGAGCAGCGCUGGAUUUCCAUCCUCAUCCUGAGCCCACACUGAGUUAAAAAUGGAUUUUUUGGGAGGAAGAGCCGGCCCCAGGUCAGCCCCCAGCUCCGGGCAGGGUUUUUAGGAGCAACGCUGGAUUUCCAUCCUCAUCCCGACCCCAUGGAGCCGCAGUGGGCGCUCCGGAGCUGCGGGAGAGCCCUGAAAGGGUUAAGGGGUGCCGGAGCCGCAGGGAUCCCACCCCGAGCCGGAUCCCGCGGAGCUGAUUGAGCUCCGAGCCCAUCAAAGGCUGCGCCCACCGAGCCCAUCAGAGGCUGCGCUCGGCCCCAGCCCCGGCGCUGCCCGCUCUUUGUGCGCAGGCCGGGAUGUCCGUGUGGAUGUCCAUGUCCGUGUGGAUGUCCAUGUCCGUGUGGAUGUCCAUGUCCGUGUGGAUCUGGAUGUGGCUCCUCCGCAGCCCGGCCUGGGCCCUGCCCGGCCCCGCGCUGCCCUCGCAGCCGCUCUCGCAGGACCGUUCCCCGCUCCGCUCGCUGGGGCUCCGCGCCCGGCCCAGCCCCAGGAGCCCCGCGCCGGUGCCGCCCCUGCUCUGGAGCAUCUUCCAGCGGAGGAGCGCCCGGCCCCGGCCGCGGGCAGCGCCCGAGCCCUGCACGGUGGAGGAGCUCAACGUGCCCGGGAACAUCGUGCGAGUGCUCGCCGACCAAGGCCGCCUCCUGCCCGCGGGGCAGCCCCAGCCCCGGCUGUGCCUGCGGCGGCUGCUGCUCUUCAACCUCUCCGCGCUGGAGGAGGGCGAGCGCCCGACGCUGGCGCAGCUGGAGCUGCGCUUCCCGCACAGCUCGUACCACGGCCCGAGCGCGGGCCGGGCGCUGGAGCUGCGGCUGCACCGCGCGUCCCCGCGGGGUUCGCCGCAGCCCGGCCGGGCCCCGCUGCUGGAGCGCUCGCUGGCGCAGCUGCGCCGAUCGCUGCGGUUCGAGCUGGGCGCGGCGCUGCGGGGCCGGGCCGGGCCGGGCCGGGGCUCUCUGGCCCUGCUGCUGGAGCUGUCGGUGAGCGGCGGCCCCGGCGGCCCGCGCAGCCCCUGCGGCAGCUCCGCCGCCUUGGCGGGCGCCUCGCUGCUGCUGGUGACGCUGGGCCCGCAGUGCCGCUCCGCCCGCGGCCGGAGGAGCGCCCCGGGCCCCGCCGUGUCCCCCAGCCCCCUGUGCAAGCCCCGCCGGCUCUACAUCAGCUUCAGCGACGUGGGCUGGGAGAACUGGAUCAUCGCCCCGCAGGGCUACCUGGCCAACUACUGCGGCGGGGAGUGCCCGUUCCCGCUGGCGGCCGAGCUCAACAGCACCAACCACGCCGUGCUGCAGACCAUGGUGCACUCGCUGGACCCGCGGGGCACGCCCCAGCCCUGCUGCGUGCCCGUGCGCCUCUCCCCCAUCUCCAUCCUCUACUACGACAACAGCGACAACGUGGUGCUGCGCCACUACGAGGACAUGGUGGUGGACGAGUGCGGCUGCAGGUAGCGGGCUGUGAGCGGGAACGACGGACAAACGGGGAAAUUCCUUUGGAUUCCCGCUGGAAACCCUCGCUGUGCUCGGGGGCUGUGCCGGCGCUAAGGGCGGCGCUGGUUUAGGAUUAGUUGGGAUGGGGGUGUGGGAUUAUGACCAAACUCGGUGCUGGGUCCUUCUCCUCAGGGGAUGCUGGCACCGGGCUGUGAAUCCCAAAUUCCCCCUUUUGCUCGUCCAGGCACCCCCAGGGCUGCAGGGUUUGGGGUUUCUGGCUGUGAAUCCCAAAUUCCCCCCUUUGUUCGGGCUGCAGGUUUUGGGGUUUUUGGCUGUGAAUCCCAAAUUCCCCCCUUUGUUCGGGC